GCACACCGAUCAAUCGGCUGCCGAUCAUGGCCAAAUCGGUGCUGGAUCUGUACGAACUAUACAAUCUGGUGAUAGCCCGCGGCGGUCUGGUGGAUGUUAUCAACAAGAAGCUGUGGCAGGAGAUCAUCAAGGGACUGCAUCUGCCAUCGAGCAUCACCAGUGCCGCCUUCACCCUGCGCACCCAAUACAUGAAGUAUCUCUACCCGUACGAGUGCGAGAAGAAGAACCUCAGCACACCGGCGGAGCUGCAGGCGGCCAUCGAUGGCAAUCCGGAAGGACGUCGCUCCAGCUACGGCCAGUACGAGGCCAUGCACAAUCAGAUGCCGCUGACCCCCAUUUCGCGACCCUCUCUACCGGGUGGCAUGCAACAAAUGUCCCCUCUGGCUUUGGUCACACAUGCCGCGGUGGCCAACAAUCAGCAGGCUCAGGCUGCGGCUGCCGCCGCCGCUGCCCAUCACCGAUUGAUGGGAGCCCCGGCCUUUGGCCAGAUGCCCAAUCUGGUCAAACAGGAGAUCGAAAGCCGUAUGAUGGAAUAUUUGCAGUUGAUUCAGGCCAAGAAGGAGCAGGCCAUGCCGCCGGGCCUGGGUGCUAGCCUGCCCCAUCAGCAGCAUCAGCAGCAGCAGCAGCAGCAGGCUCAGCAGCAGCAACACCAGCAGCAGCAAUCACAGUCGCAGCAGCAACAGCAGCAGCAGCAGCAUCACCUGCAGCAGCAACAGCAGCAGCGUCAGCGUUCGCAGAGUCCCGAUCUGAGCAAGCACGAGGCGCUCAGCGCCCAGGUGGCUCUGUGGCACAUGUAUCACAACAACAGUCCACCGGGUUCCGCACACACCUCCCCCCAGCAACGCGAAGCUCUGAACCUCUCCGACUCACCGCCGAAUCUCACGAACAUCAAAAGGGAACGCGAACGGGAGCCGACGCCAGAGCCUGUGGAGCAGGAUGACCUCUCCACCGGCCACCAGCCACCGCCGGCCAAGCGCAUGGGCAGCGGCCUCCUGCCACCCGGCUUCCCUGCCAUUUACCUGAAUCCCCACAACAUGGCCGCAGUGGCUGCAGCGGCAGGAUUCCAUCAUCAGCAGGCAGCAGCGGUGGCGGCCGGCCAUCAUCAUCAACAGCAGCAGCAGCACCAGGAUGCCGCCUCCGAGGGCGAGCCGGAGGAUGAGUACGGCCAUGGGGAGCACAAUACCACCGGCAAUUCGUCCUCGCUGCACGAUGACAGCGAGACAGCGCAGCCAAUAAAUGGACACCACCAUCACCACCAUCAUCAUCAUCACCACCAGAGCCAUCAGCUGGACAAAUCCGAUGAUUCCGCCAUUGAGAACUCGCGCACAUCCACCACCACCGCUUCGGUGGGUCAUCGCCACAGUUCGCCAGUGUCCACCAAGAAGAAGGGCGGCUGCGGAUCCAAGCCACAGGAUAAGGAUUUAGGUGGCGGGGAUAAGAGCUUGGCCAGUGGCAAGCUGAAUCCUUUGGAAACGCUGAGCCUGCUCUCCGGCAUGCAGUUCCAGGUGGCCAGAAAUGGCACCGGUGAGAAUGGUGAACAGCAGCUAAUGGUCAAUUUGGAGCUGAAUGGCGUCAAGUACUCGGGUGUCCUGGUGGCCAAUGUGGCUCACUCUAACCAGAGUGUGACAAGGACCAGCUCACCUUGUCACGAGGCUGAAGUCCACCUCAACCAAGAGGAGGAGGAGGAGCAGGAGCACGAUGAUGAGGAAGAGCAGGAGCAGAGGAAAGCCGCUGAAGAGGAAGAUGAAGCCCAUCGAUCCCCUAUUAAGCAGGAGGUAGAGAACGAGCAUGACGAUGACCAGGAUAUGGAGUCCACAGCGGCGGCCAUUGUGAAUGGAGGAGGAGCAGGUGGAGCCAACAAUUCGACAGUGGGUGGUGCUGGCGUGGCAAUGCCCCUGCUCAAGGACGCGGUGGUCAGCUAGAGAGGCGAUAGGCUGGAGGAGAGGAUAAAAGCAGCACCGGCAAGGAGCAAGAGGAAUACCAAAGUUAUAUUUUCAGAAAAAACAAAAGAAG